CCCAGCUUGACAAGCGUAACUUGAGCGUUCACCCCGCCCGCAUUGCCGAACUCGUUUGCCGCAUUGUCUGGCAUUGUACGUCAUGCGAUUCGUGCCCACAUGGCGAGGGUAGCCGCUCUGGCCGGGCUUCAAUUGAUACUUAAUAUCCAUCGUCGCCCUGCUGCUUGGGUUUUAUUUCGGACAUCAUCGCGUCAAACACACUUACUUGUCACUUCAACUCUUGAACCAAGUCUCCACACAUCUUCACAAUGGCUACCAACGGCACCACCGCCGCCAGCGGCACCAACGGCACCGACGCCGCUCCCAACACCACCCACAGAUUUGACCCAAACUUCACACAGCAUGUCAUUGACCUGAUGAGCCCCGAGACUCUCCCCCGCCACCGCGAGAUCCUCACCUCGUUGAUCAAGCACAUGCACGACUUCUGCCGCGACGUCGAGCUCAAGCAAGAAGAGUGGGUUCUGGGCGUCAACUACAUCAACUCGCUCGGCCAGGCCUACCAGAAGAACCGAAACGAGACCUGGAGAGUCAUGGACGUCCUGGGAAUUGAAUCUCUCGUCGACGAAAUCAACCACACCGUGACCACCGACGACGGCCGCGCUCCCACAUCCUCCGCCAUCCUCGGACCCUUCUGGUCCCCCGAAACCCCCUUCCGCGACCUCGGCGCCAGCGUCGUCCAGAACAUGCCCAAGGACGGCGAGCUCACCCUCUUCCACGGCGUCGUCAAGGACGUCGACACCGGCAAGGGCAUCCCCAACGUCGUCUUCGACAUGUGGCAAGCCAGCACCAACGGCAAAUACGACGUCUUCGACCCCGAGAACCAGACCCGCCACAACCUCCGAGGCAAGUUCCGCACCGACCGCGACGGCAAGUUCUGGUUCUACUGCCUCAAGCCCACCGAGUACGCCAUCGACACCAGCGGCCCCUCUGCUGAGCUCCUCAAGAUGAUGCACCGCCAUCCCUUCCGCCCUGCCCACAUCCACAUCAUGGUCACUCACCCCGACUACGUCGGCGUCACCGCUCAGCUGUACCCCCGCGACGACCCUUACCUCGAGACCGACACUGCCUGCGCCGUCAAGAGCGAUCUGGUGCUGGACUUCAAGCCCGUCGAGAACGAGCCCAACGGCGCCAUCCUCGACUGCGAGUACGACGUCCGCUUGAUCUCCAAGAAGUACAAGCCCGACAACACCAUGUUGAUGGAGAACGCCAACCAGAGCAAGUUUUAAGCGAGUUUUGAUUUACAUCUGAUAGCGGCGGCCAUGAGCCGUGGAGUCGAGACGACCCCGUAGCGAGAUGCUACUCAUUUGCGGAAUACGCGAGUAGCGAUUGAGAAUUAAAUCUGUAAAUUAGCUGCAGGUUGACUCAGAUGAGGCCAUGUAUAUAUGAAUGAAAAAAUUACUAUAA